GGGGUCAGCGAGCGAUUCGAGCCGAGACGUGACGCCCUGCAGGAGGGGCGAGGGAGGCGGAGGACGGACCGAGGGGCAGCGGGGGACCUCCCCCGUGCAACCGCGCGCUGCAGGAGGAGGCGCCCCGGCGGCGGGAGUCCAGCUCCUCGUCCUCGUGGGAGAGGCGGCAGAGGGAGAGGAUGGCCGCCGUGACGGCGCCGCGCCUGGCAGCCAGGGGCGGAGGGAGCCCCCCCCGGGGGACCGCGCCACGGGAGGUGGCCCCCCGGCGGCGGGAAGCCAGUCGCUCGAGGGAGCGGCGGCAGGAGGCCGCGGCGGCGCCGCGGCGGCUGGAGUCCAGCCCCUCCUGGGAGCGGCGGCAGCAGGAGAGGGCGCCUGCUGUGAAGGCGCCGCGCCGGGCAGGCGGCAGGAGCGGUGGGAGGCCGCCCCCGCCCCCGGCGCCCGUGCUGCAGGAGGCGCCCCGGCGGCGGGGGGCCAGUCGCUCCAGGGAGCGGCGGCCGCAGCAGAGGGCGGCUGCCUCCGAGGCGCCGCGCCCGGCUGGCAGGAGCAGCGGGAGCCCUCCCCCCGCGCCAGCGCGGCAGGAGGCGGCCCCCAGGCGGCGGGAGGCCACUGCCGUGAAGGCGCCGCGGCUGGCGGGCAAGCGGAGUGGGAGAAGCCUCCGCCUGCGCCCGCGCCACAGGAGGCGGCCCCAGGGCGCCGGGAGGCCAGCCGCUCGAGGGGGCGGCGGCCGCAGGACAGGGCGCCGGCCUCCAGGGCGCCGCGUGCCGCUGGCGGGAGCAGUGGGAAUCCCCCCCCUCCUCCGGCGCCCGAGGCGGCCCUGAGGCGGCGGGAGGCGAGUCGCUCGAGGGAGUGGCGGCCGCAGGAGAGGGCGGCCGGUCUGAAGGCGCCGCGUCGGGCCGCCCGGCCCGCGAGGAGUCGGAGGGAGGAGGACGUAGGCGAGCACCUGGCCACUACCGACCCGUACCUCGUGGCCACGUCGGACCCGUACGAGAACUCGCUGACGUAGCGCCCCCCAGAGGGCGCCGCGGCGGUGCGGUCGCAAGAGCGCGGCAGGAGCAUACGCAGCUGAGCGCGCUGGCCCGCGGGGGUUGGCGCUGGCUCGGCCACGCCCAUCACCAGUUAUGUGCUCAGAUGGGGGGCGAUACCGCGCGGGGCGGGAGGCUCGAA